GAUUCCCGGCAUCAUCAUCAUCCUUGCCUGCAUACUGAUUAUCAUCAUUAUGAUCAUAUUAUGUGUCCUGUACUGCAAGAGGAAAAAGAGUGAAACCUACCCAAGUGGUGCGGUAGAGAACGGAACAUCUAUGCAAACUUUUAACGUGAAUGACCAUAAUGCAGCAGCAACUAAUGCUUACGAGACAACUCAAGAUGAAAAGCCGCCAUAUCGUAAUGGUCAACCAGCGGAGACUUAUCGUCCGAAUGAAAAAGAAGAAGUUGUUUACGCAGMUCUUAGUUUUAAGGCGUCUGGCCGGUACCCAAAGAAACAAGAGGCUAAAAAAUUACAAGAAAAAACUGAUACGAUAUAUGCCKAUAUUGGUUCUUUUCAGCAAAGUUUUACCGAUGGGAAGCCGAAGCAGGAUGUCACCCUUGCACAAGAAGCCAUAGCAUUAGAAGAGAAAGUUCCAAGCGAUGAGAAGCCGAAUCAGGAUGUCACCCUUGAUCAGAAAGCCAUAGAAUUAGAAGAGAAAGUUCCAAUCGAUGAGAAGCCGAAACAGGAUGUCACCCUUGAACAACAAGCCAUAGAAUUAGAAAACAAAGUUCCAAAUGAUGCAAACCCUGAACCCAAGAAAGAGACUGAAGGCGGAGAUCAGAAUGAUGGUUCAAAUCAAACUGAUAAUGAUACAGGUGGGAAAAACGAGGUUCCUGAGAAUGCACAGACUAACAAUAAUAGCACAUCUCCCAAAGACAACCUAGUAUAAUGCUAAGUAAACUUAAGGGUUACUGCACAAAACACAUAAUUACUUUGAAAUAAACUUAUCCUAGAAAUAUUUCGAUAAAUUGCAUGGAAAUAUUUCGGUUUCCUUUAAGUAUAUUGGUAAGGUAAAAUGAUGAAGUUUUUGAUUUCCUUGUCUUAUAUUUCUUGUGUUAUCUUAUAUCGGUAAAUCGGAAAUAGAACAAAAGUAUUGAAAGCUGGAACUUUCUUUUCUUUUCAACUGAAAGAAUAACUUGGGAAAUAUUGAUAUUUGAAAGUUUAUUAUAUAUUGAAAAAUAAAACAAGAGAAAUAUCUACAGGGAGAUUCAAAGAACUUUCUCUUGCACAAAAAUAAUUGUAUUUGAUAUUCACGUAUAAUAGUUAAUAUAAUCACUAUCAAGGUAUAUGAAAGACUAAAGGCGUUUAUAGACAAAGAUACGCUCUCAAUUACUGCGCUUUUCCACAUUCUUCCACAAAUUUGGGGCGGUUUCGCUGCCGUCAUUAAAAAUUUAAAAAAAUAAAAUAAAAUAAAAAUCAGCCGGCACCUUUCAUGUUCUUGACUGGCGGCAGUAAAUAUCCAAAUUCACAGCAAGCCGUUGAAAUGUCUGAGUUUGCAGAAUAUCGAAAACCGCAGUAAUAAUUGCAAGAUAAUAGAAAGAAUCGAUGAAAUUUGAAAGAUAAAUUACGCAUGCUAAAAAUGCUAAAACGAAAAUAGAUUCCUUAUGAAUGAUGUUGAUAUGAUCAUUACCUUUACAGUGUACCUUGUC